GCCCCUCCGAGUCCAAGACCCAGGACGAAGACUAGACUUUUGUGAUGAGUUUUGCCAUCGAAGGACGUCUGCUCGGAGAGGUGGCGUACUAGGAAGGAUAUCAUUGUCCAGCUGACUGCAAUGCGAGGAUGUUCUUCCGUAACGCCACACGGGACUCUAGGGCAGCUAUCCGAGGAGCCAACUCUUGACGACCGAAAUCUUCAACACCAUCCUGAAAGAAAUGGAUCGCUUACUGCUGCGCAAGUGCAAGCGAGGUACCGUGAACAAUCCGCGUGAACGCUUUGGUUUGCAUCCAGGUUUGACAAGGCACAAGACAACCGGAAUACGCCACAAAAGGUGCGCCUCACCUUCUUCACAUUCGGUGUUUUGUUCAAUUGUUCUGAUCCAUACGCGUUAUCUUCAUACUUAUCGCAUCUGCAUACGCAAAUCCCUUCCACCGUGUCCGUAUUUUACGGGCUUCAAGCUGUUCUUAGCGCUUCCAAAGAUGGUCACGCACUAGCGGCUUCUUGGGCGCUGCGCCUCGAGGAUCAAUAAAGUUGUGCCAAUAUCAAUGUGAAUUCAAUUGAAUUUGAUUGUCCUCGGUUGGUGUACGGUCGUCUGGUUGGAUGACCCGUUUCGGCAGUACAAUAGACCGCGCGACGGUGAGGAAGCCCUUGUUCAACUUCUCCAUUCGAUGGGUUCUUUUGCUCGACUUCACGGCCAUCAUACGUUUUGAACACUAUCGACUUGGGUGGACAGACCGACGGAACAUCACUUACGACUUUAGCGCUCUUACCCUGAACGAAUCGCCCUGUGCCCGAACGAAUGAUAUCGGGGUCCUUCUCGCGUCUCCAGCAGAUCUCGCUAAGUCGCCUCAUUUUGUAUCAUACGCAACCAUGCUUCAAGCACUUGACGCUCACACCUCCCAUCACCUUUCUAACAAUGCAAGCUAUGCCGGUAGUCGGUGGCGACAGUCCGCCUUGCCGUUCCCCAUUCGCCGUCCAAGAUAUAAGUCGUCAUCGUUGCGCAUUAUGGAUAAAUCAUCUCAGUAUGCUCGUAUGACGGCAAUUAACUCUGGGUCAAAGUGGCGCACAACGGUAUCCUCUCAGUCUCGUAUGCCACCGGCACGAGCAGGGAUUCUAAAUCCAUCCGGUGUCUCAUCCACAGCUAGACAACCUGCCCAGCGUAUUAUUGGUGACACGAAGGGACCCGGACUCGGCCGUGACUUCCCCACCGCAUGUUAUAAGUGGAACACCUUUGUUACAGAAGUCAAACCCAAGAUGUACGUCGACUAUGGCGAACUCAACAACAGGACUAAAUCGACCGCUAUUUUGCCGUCAUUAUCGUUCACGACUAGGAGGAGUCCGUCGGCAACAUCGGAUGCAUCGUCAUCGGUAUCUGCCCCAAGAAUACCUCUGGAACAUCGUGUUGGCGGUAAUCUAAGUGGAUCCCGUCAUAGUACAAUGCCAGUGCAAAGUCGAGAUCAAGACCUGAACUUGGAUCUUCGCAAACUUGACAUCAAAACUGAUGCUGGUGAACAUGGCAACGAGGGCCUUCUCAAGAUCAAGUCGGAAUCAAGAAGUUCCAGUGUUGAACGCGCCAUUGUUGCGCCUUUGCCUGCUAGAGACUCGGGCUGGAUGAAAUAUGCUCGGCCUGUGGAAUCCGGUCAGUAUACUUGUAUUUGGAAGGACGAAGAGGAGGACGCUUCGCAUCCAUGCUGCUACACAUCUAAGAAACAUCUGGUCAAGAGACAUCUCGAGUCCAAACAUUUGAAUAUCAGGCGAUUGCUUUGCCCCGUCUGUAGCAAAGGGUUCUCACAGAAAAGCAAUUUCAACACGCAUAUGAAUACACAUACCGGAGAAGCGCCACACAAGUGCAGGUACUGUGACAAGAGGUUUGGUGACCCUGCGCGCCGGCACAGGCAUAUGAAGGCAGAUCAUGGGCACGUCUCAGCCAGGCGCAGGAGGCAACCCGGGGCUCCCGAGAUUUUGGCUCAGGAAGAAGACCUUUCCCCCGAAGAGGAAGAGUCCGACUACUAGAAGUAAUGGUCGGAUUUUUGAUCGGACUCGUUGAAUGAGCGACUUACCCUGAGCGGGGACUCGCGCGGGCAGGUCUCAGGUCGCGUCGCUUGCAAUGUUGGGCAAUGUGUGAUGGCGGAGACACAAAGAUGUUUCUGAUUUUGAACCUUCGAUGGUUUUGUAUUUCGUUUGAAGAGUUUCAUUUAUUCGCUUCCUUGCUAUUGUAGUUGCUAUGUUGUCAGUUCGAUAUUCGCUUAUGCAUUAGUUUUUAUUA